CCUAUGUAUAUAAAGCGGUCCUCACUUUGAUCCACCGAGUCGAAUGUUGAAAAGAUGACUGAAAUCUACAGAACAAUUUCAACCGGACGUGGAGACGACGUUUCGCCGACUAAAUGCCGUGAACGCCGUCGCCGGAGAAUUGAGAUGCGGAGGCAAGCGGCUGUAUUCGGCGAUCCUAGCUCGUCUUCUUCAACGAGUAGGAAUCGUGAUCGGACGGACAUGGAUGUUUACUCAAGUUUUGACGUUCCAUUAAAGAAACAAGCUCGGAGGACGACGGAGGUCGGUGGUCUUCCGACGGAUAUCGGAGGUUUCUUCACGUCUCCGGCUCCUUCUUCCCACCAUAAAUCGGAAACGCCGGUGACGUGGAAGGGAGAAGAAACAGAGGAUGAGCCGUUGUACGGUAUAGUUUCGGUUAUGGGAAGAUCUCGUAAGAUGGAAGAUUCGGUUACUGUUAAACCGAAUUUAUGUAAACCGGAAAUUAACCGGAAUAGACCGGUUCAUUUCUUCGCUGUCUACGAUGGGCAUGGCGGUUCUCAGGUGUCAACAUUGUGCGGCAUGACGAUGCACACGUUAGUUAAAGAGGAGCUAGAGCAAAAGGAGGAAGGAGAAGAAGGAAGCGAGAACGACGUCGUGGAGAAAGUAUGGCGGGGAGUGAUGAAGAGGAGUUUCAAGAGGAUGGAUGAGAUGGCAACGAGCACAUGCGUGUGUGGGACUAGUGUGCCGUUGUGUAACUGCGAUCCUAGGGAAGCUGCGAUUUCGGGUUCUACCGCGGUUACCGCGGUUCUGACGCAAGAUCAUGUCAUUGUAGCCAACACUGGUGACUCGCGUGUGGUGUUGUGUCGAAAUGGAAUGGCUAUUCCUCUGAGUAACGAUCACAAGCCGGAUAGACCAGACGAGCGUGCAAGGAUCGAAGCAGCUGGUGGUCGAGUUUUAGUAGUCGAUGGAGCUAGAGUUGAAGGAAUUCUAGCCACGUCAAGGGCCAUAGGGGAUAGGUAUCUUAAACCAAUUGUAGCAUGGGAACCGGAAGUGACAUUCAUGAGAAGGGAAUCUGGAGAUGAAUGCUUAAUAUUAGCGAGCGACGGGCUUUGGGAUGUGCUCUCGAGUCAGCUAGCAUGUGACAUAGCUAGGUUUUGUCUCCGUGAAGAAGCUGCUUGCUCGGGACUAGAUUUGAACAGAACGGCUGAAGAAGACGAUGUUGGUGGAGAACAGAAUCCUUCAAGGAGUGUGUUGGCUGCAACGUUGCUUUCACGGUUGGCUUUGGGUCGACAAAGCAGUGACAAUAUAAGUGUGAUUGUCAUUGAUCUCACGAAAAGUUCUUGACAGAAGUGUUUGGGUGGUUGUGGGAUUUAAUGGUUUAUAGACUUAUCGCCGAGGAAUAAGAUGUGGAUAUAGCGAUGAGCCUUGAUUAGUUUUAGGGUUUAGCGCUUGUCUCUUGUUUUUGUUAUGGAUUGGGGUAACUUGCCAAUAUAUUAGCAACGGUGCAUGUGAAAAGAAAAGAGAGUGGUUUGGGAGUGAGAUAUAAAGUUAUUUGGUAUUUUGGACAUGGGCUACAAGGUUAUUUAGUGGCUUGAGCAAUAAAAUGGGCUAAUGUGUGUUGCUGUGUUUGUGCGACCACAAUUUUGAGGUUACUCGAGGUUUACGUAA